UAAAAAAAAAAAAUAGCAACACUAAAUAAAAUAACACUAUAAAAUCUUAAAGAACAUGUGCCCUUAGCAACAAAGAAAAACCUCCAAUCUCUUCUUCUCCUUCUUCAACUUUCUCUGCCACAACAACAACAACAAAUGGACACACUCAACACUACACUCCUCAUUCUCUUCAUCUUCAUCUUCCUCCAAAUCCUCUAUUCCUUUCUCAUAAAACACAAACCUCGACUUCCACCGGGUCCACGUGGCCUCCCCAUCAUAGGCAAUCUCCAUCAACUGGGUCAAAAGCCCCACCAAACCCUCGCAAAACUCUCCAAAAUCCACGGCCCAAUAAUGUCCUUAAAAUUGGGCCGAAUAACUACCAUAGUUAUGUCCUCCACAGAAACUGUCAAAUCAGUCCUUCAAAUCAACGACCAUUCUCUCUCUAAUAGAACAAUCCCCGAUGCAAUGAAAGGUGCUAACCACCAUAAUUACAGUUUACCAUUUAUACCUAUCUCUCAACGCUGGAAAGACCUUAGAAAAAUAUGUAACAACCUUUUAUUCUCGACCAAAAACCUUGACAUGAAUCACACGCUAAGAAAGAAGAAGAUUCUCGAACUUUCAAACGAUAUAAACAAUAGCGCGGAGAAGUUUGAAGUAGUUAAUAUUGGAAGACUUGCUUUUAAAACAACGAUUAAUAUGUUGUCGAAUACGGUUUAUUCAGUUGAUUUGGUUCGUUCGAGCGAUAUAGCUGGAGAGUUUAAGGAAUUAGUUACAAAUAUUAUGAAGGAAGUUGGAAGAGCUAAUAUUGCAGAUUGUUUUCCUGUUUUGAAAGUUUUGGAUCCAAUUGGUAUUAGAAGAAGGACUGGUGAAUAUUUUGGGAAGUUGUUAGGUAUUUUUCAAGGGUUGGUUGAUCAACGGUUGAAGAUGAGGGAGUUGAAUGGUUAUUGUGGUAAAAGUGAUAUGUUGGAUGCUAUGCUUGAUGAUGAGAAGAAUGCUGGGGAGAUGUAUAAAGAUAAAAUUGAACGUUUAUCUGUGGACUUGUUUGUGGCAGGAACUGACACAGUUACUUCAACACUAGAAUGGGCAAUGGCUGAAUUACUCCACAAUCCAAAUAUUAUGUCAAAAGCAAAAUCAGAGUUAAACCAAAUUAUUGGCAAAGGAAAUUCAGUUGAAGAAUCAGACAUAGGAAAACUCCCUUAUUUACAAGCAAUAAUAAAAGAAACUUUCAGAUUACACCCAGCAGUUCCACUUUUACUUCCAAGAAAAGCUGAAAUUGAUUUAGAAAUAAAUGGCUAUAAAGUCCCAAAAGGUGCACAAGUUUUGAUUAAUGUUUGGGCUAUUGGAAGGGAUUCAAAUUUAUGGGAAAAUCCUAAUGAAUUUUUACCAGAGAGAUUUUUAGGGUCAGAUAUUGAUUUUAAAGGUAGAAAUUUUGAGUUGACACCUUUUGGUGGUGGGAGAAGAAUUUGUCCUGGUUUACCAUUGGCUAUUAGGGUUUUGUUUUUGAUGUUGGGUUUGUUUAUUAAUUGUUUUGAUUGGGAACUUGUCGGUGGAAUUAAACCUGAGGAUAUGAAUAUGGAUGAUAAAUUUGAACUUACUUUGGAGAAGGCUCAACCUUUGCUAGUUGUUCCAAUUAAAGUAAGCAAUAAUUGAAUGGUUCAUGUGACAAAAUAAAUAUUUUACGUAUUGUUUUUUUGUUUGUUUUAUCAUCUAGUGCUGCAUAGUGUUUUUUCCUUUUGUUAAUUUGUUUGUAAUGUAGUGACUAGUGAGAAUGUAAGUGACAUCAUAAGAAGGCAAUGUAAAAAUGAAUCGGAAUCACUCA